GUCAUUUGCGAUCCAGCCGGAAAAGAAGCCGUUGCUGGGACGGAAGUACAAAAACUACAACAAAGAUGGCGGCGCCCGGGCAAGAAGUGUUGGCCAACACACACGUGGGGAAAAAGAAAAAGCCUCCAAAACGUUACUGGGAAGAAACGCAAAAUGAAGAUGAUGAUAAUACGAAGAAAGACAAACCCAGUGAAGGUGAAGCAACGAAAGAAGUUUCAGACACGAAAGUUGAUAAAGGACGAAAGCAGAGGAAAAGAAGAAUUGAUGUAAAGUUCAUAUCAGGGAAAAAGGACCCCUUCCCUGGUGAGGCUCCUAUUCCAGAAGAGCAGUUAAAGAAAUUCCAGAGAGGCAAAAAAUUUCAAAAGUUGAAAGAAUCCAGACAUAAGGUGAAAGAGAUCAUCACCCAGUCCGAGUCGGCUUCUGAGCUAGCACAGAAAGAGGCUGCACGAUACGAUCUCCUACUCCCAGAAGAUGCUGGGUUUCUGGAGGGAGAUGAUGGCGAAGACACAUGCACUGUAUCACAGGAAGACAUAGCAGAGGCUGUUGAUAUUACAUCAGGGGCAAAGUACUUUAACUUGCAUCUGACCCAAUUUGGACCAUAUAGGCUAGACUACAGCAGAACUGGCCGGCAUCUGUUACUAGGUGGAAGGAGAGGCCACGUCAGUUGCAUAGAAUGGCAGACCAAAAACCUUACAUGCGAGAUAAAUGUUAUGGAAACUAUUCAAGAUGUCAAGUGGCUCCACACCGAGGCCAUGUUCGCUGUUGCUCAAAAGAAGUGGCUCCACAUCUAUGACUCUAAAGGCACAGAGUUGCACUGCAUUAAAAAAUUCAACGACGUCCUACGCAUGCAGUUCCUCCCUUACCACUUCCUGCUUGCCACAGCGAGUGCCACAGGUUUCCUGCAGUAUCUCGAUGUGUCUGUGGGAAAGGAGGUGGCUGCGAUUUGUACAAAAUUAGGCAGGCUUGACGUGAUGGCACAGAAUCCUCACAAUGCCAUCAUCCACCUGGGACACCCGAAUGGCACAGUCAGCCUGUGGUCUCCUAAUCAGAAAGAGCCAUUAGUUAAAAUGCUGUGCCACAGAGGCGCUGUCCGCUCGCUCACUGUGGACAAAACCGGCACGUACAUGGUGACGUCAGGUCUGGACAGGAGGCUCAAGGUUUAUGACAUUCGAGCAUUUAAGCCACUUCAUAAGUAUUUCCUUCCCGCUGGAGCCUCUUGCUUGUCCCUAAGUCAGAGAGGACUGCUUAGUGCUGCUACUGGAGAUGUAGUACAGGUAUACCGCGAUGUGUGGGGAGGCGGGCCCAUAUCCAAGCCCUACAUGGCACAUCGUGUGAGAGGUUCAGUAUGGGGAGUCGGAUUUUGCCCCUUUGAGGACGUACUUGGUAUUGGACACGGAGAUGGGUUUACAAGUAUGAUUGUGCCAGGUGCGGGUGAACCUAAUUUCGAUGCUCUGGAUGUGAACCCGUACCGAAGCAUAAAGCAGAGACAGGAAUGGGAGGUCAAGGCUCUGCUGGAGAAAGUGCAGCCUGAGCUGAUAGGCCUGGACCCAGGGCUGCUGGGUAAAGUGGACCAGGCCACAUUUGAGCAGAAGCAUAAAGAAAGAGUGGAGGCAUUGGGCUAUGAUCCAUUAGCAAAUGAAAAGUUCAAGCCCAGGUUUAAAAAGAGAGGCAGAAGUGCAGCUGGUGCUGUGGAGAAGAGGAAGAAGAAAGUGGCCCACGAGGAUCAGAGGGACGUGAUUCGGAAAACAGUGGAGGAGAGAAUGGAGAGAGAGAAGGAGAGGAAGGAGAUUGCCAAGCAGCAAGAUGCGCAGGGAAGGAAGACUGCACUGGAACGAUUCAAGAAGUAGGAAGAAGCGUUGUUCUGACAGAAAUAAAGGACUUGUUAAGAAAACGCUGGAUCGCGGCACAGUUUUUUACACACACAUACACACAGACUGUAAAUGACCUAGGACCUGGUAACCCAUGUGUCCUCUUACCUCUGGACUGCCUUCCAUCUUUAGUGUGAAGUUUUCAUGGUAUCAAAAGACAAAAAGUCAUUUUUGUAUUAAAUAUCUCUAAUAAAGACUGAGAAAUGUCUAAUAAAACUGAAAUAUGCUAAAAUAUAA